AUGCCCAACAGGCCGAAAGCCGUGAUCGACACACAGGGCUCCACUCACCGCCUAGAUCGCCACUUCCCUUCCACCAGCGACACCAGACCAGCGUCCAGCGCUGCGAUGAUCUUCACCAGGCUUUUUAUAUUGAUAGCCUUGUUCCUCGGCCUCUGUGUUGGGUUUGUCGUCCCCAAUAAAGAGUCGACAGGGGCGAGCCCUCACCUGGCCAAUGAUCUCACCAAGCUCCAUCCCAUGAACAGACCCAACCUUCUCACAUGCCGCAACACCAACCAACGCAUGUCCUGUUACGGCGGGCCUCCAGUCACCCUCGACACUUGUCGAGAGGUGUGCACCUGCGAGAAUGGCCGAAUAAACUGCCCAACCUACAAGUUUUGCGACGAUGAGACCAUGGAUACCUUCUGUGCUGGUCUGUGUGCUUGUGCCUCAAAUCUGCCCAACAAGCUCCGAGCCAAUGAAGGCGAUACGAUGAUCAGUGCCCAUCGGUACCACAGAUUAAUCGAUGAGGAAGAAGAGGCCGACGAGGAAGACGAAGGUCUCUUGCGCCGCCACGCUCGUCAACGUCGCGACUAUGGAGAUUCAGAUGCUUCUGGCGUUGCUCUCUGAUAUCUCGUCGAAUGCUUGUACCACCAUUGGGUUGACAACUCACCCAGCGAUUUAUAGCCUCAUUGAUGCAUUUCAAGUCCCAAACGACGCGGCAGCCUACUCAUCUCCACAGUGAGGCGGUACUUCUUCUUCCUCUUACUCUCACCUCGCCAUACUGCCACACUCAUUGCCACGAUACCCUCAAUAUUCUUUCUAAUGAUGUCUUCUACCCAACCAGCAUCGGCGUUUCGGAGCCUCACAGCUUGCUACCUUUCUUCCAAAGAAAACCCUCACGACGCGUAUAUUUCGGUUUCAUCUGUAUAAACCGGAUCAUGGCUACCACCACGGCCACAGCAGCCAAAGCCGACAACAGACAUGUCUCAUGAUUCUUGACAUUUAGGUCAAGCACGACAAUUGUAUAUACAGAAGUUCUACUCUGGCCACCAUCCUGCAUUUUCCUAUAUCCUUUGGCGACGACGACCAGUCACUUUUAUCGCACUACUUCAAUCAUACUCUAUGAUCUCAGUGUUUUUUGUUUCUAGCAUAUGGAUGUCUACAUACGGCGACACACUUUUGUAGCGGCGCUGGUAUGUUGGACUUGCUGUUAGAGGCCUACCAAAGCCAUGUCCUGGUUGAAGUUCUUCUGUGGAGUGUUGGCAACAGAAACAGGAUAGAUCUACAUGAAGGUGGACAGUGUGAUGUGUAUAAUAACCAAGGCGAGAAGCCAAUCUGAGCCUAGAGCUAUGCGUAACUUAGCGAGAUAGUGUCAAUGCAUAAGCUCUG